AUGAGUCGAAACAGCGUGAGCGGCCCUGCAACGACGUACCAGGUGUACGUGCUGACAAUAAUCGGAAAAGGAGAUAUCCCCUUGUACGAAGCCGACCUAUCCUUGAAUGGAAAAAAGGACAUUUCAGAACAUCUAGCCCAGUUCAUAAUUCAUCAGUCAUUAGAUUCUGUAGAUGUCCUAGUAUGGAAAAGUACAAGCUUUUUUUUAAAAACGGUAGAUUCGUUUAACAACUAUUCCGUGUCAGCAUACUGUACUACAGGACAUAUCAAAUUUUUAUUACUUCAUAAGAGCAAGAAUGAGGUCAACAGUAGUGGGGGUAGUAGUAGUACAGGUGGACCCACCAUCUAUGUUCCGUCCGAUGAGAAUAUCCGAUCCUUUUUCGAGAUCGUUCACGAAAAUUAUAUUAAGGUGUUAUUGAACCCGCUGUAUGAACCCAACGGAAUGAUUACUAGUUCUUUGUUUGACCAGAAUGUACAUUUGGCGGCGAAGCGCUUCCUGUAC